GAUCUAAUUAAGUUUUCAUGAUUUCUUUUUUGAUUCGCGUUUUUCAACAAAAAUAAUGUUUUUGUUUGGGAAAAGAAUUUCCAAUCGAUAAUGUCCGGACAAUUCAGCUAUUCACGUUGGGACCCAAUAUUGAUUUCUACCCAGAUUGUGGCCAUACAAACAACAUUUUAUCUAAGUCUUGGAUUCAUUCUAUUCUGGAUUGCACAUCUAUUCGGUUAUUAUGCCACAUUGGAUCAGAUAUUCAAUUCGCAGAUUGUCAGCUUUAAAACAUCACUUGGUCUAGUCAUAACAAUUUCAUUCAUUUCAAACUCUUUUUUCGGGGCAUUGAUCUUGCAUUUUAUCGUGCGACGAGCAAAAAAAUGUCUGGAUUUUACACUCACUUUAUUCAUAAUUCAUUUAAUAUUGGUUCGAUUUUACAUGGGACAUGUACCAACAACAUUUUCCUGGUGGCUUUUAAACAUAAUCUGUAUAACAAUCAUGUGUAUAACGGGCGAAUAUAUUUGUCUUAAAUCAGAAUUGAAAGCUAUUCCUUUGUUGGUUUCCAACAAAGUCAAUUCAUUGUGAUCUGGGUUAUUAUAAAACUUGUUACAAAAAA